GUUACAAAAAACAAAGUGUGGAUUGUGCUCUGCGCGGGGUAACGGAACCUGAUUUGGGGUUUUGGUCCUCAGUCCACCAAAAAGUCAACCUUCUUUUUUCUUUUCGAUACUUUCUUACCAAGCAAGAAUGCCUGCACCCGCCAAAGACACUCCAAUCACCGUUUCCGAGCUCGCCAAGUAUGACGGUUCCGAGAACUCGCCUGGCAUCUAUGUCGCCAUUAAGGGCGAUGUCUUUGACGUUUCCGAAAACACAAGUGCAUACGGUGCUGGCGCUGGUUACAACUGCUUUGCUGGCAAGGAUGCUUCUCGGGCACUCGGCAAGUCAUCAUUGAAGCUCGAGGAUUGUGUUGCUGAUUAUAGCGUGCUGACCGAGAAGGAGCUGGAGACAUUGGAUCAGUGGCAUGCUUUCUUUGCAAAGAAAUACAACAUUGUCGGACGCGUUGUGCCUGACAACUGAAGAAUUAAAAAGAAAAUCAACAGAAAGCCUGUGUCUUAUGUGUGUAUAUGAUGCAUUUUUGUAUACUCAUCAUGUAUGCGCGCCGUGUGUAUGCGUGUGUGUGUGCUUUCGAGAAACUAUAAAAUUCCUUUUAGA